AUGAGACGUGUGCAUCCAGAUCAUAUGAUCAAGGCACAUGAUGGUAGAGAGAAUGGUAGCAAUGAUUUAAAAGAUGAUGAUGACAAACCAGAGGUAAGUAUUUCAGAAUCUGGGGAACAGACUGUCGCAGAUGACAAUAGCGAAAUAGCCACCGAGGUAAGUGAAUCACUGAUAGAGGUAGUUGAGAAAAAUGUGACACCUGUGGUGUCUUCAGAUGUUGUUGCCCAGCAGAAAGAUCUUCGGAGAUCUGGGAGAAUCAGAAAGCCAGUAA